UCAACAUAAAGCCCGCUCUGUAGUGGUACGUUGAAUUCCUACUUCCUUCUUACCUCCUAAUUUGUCCAUUUUUCCAGUUUGGAUGAAGCUCGGUUCAACCAGAGGAAAGGUCCACCAAAAAAACAACAGCCGUGUUGCAGGGAACCGCGGACCAAAGUGAAGUGUGAAUUUUGAGAAAAAGAGACUGGAUGCUUCUUUUCCUUCAAACCUCUCUUUACUUUUGACGCCUUUUCUUCUACAUCCAUAUUUGAUCAUCAACUUUGCUAUCGCCAUUACCAUUACCAUUACAAUCAUCGUCGCCAUCGUUCCUGUCGUUGUUACCGCGCGCUCGUUGUCGCCAUUGAAUGAUAUCAUUUAGAUAAUCGAUAACAUCUACCUUACCUAGCUGAGCAACCACAUUUUACCUUGGAAGUUGAAAUUCAUCUCAUUCAGCCCUUAUCGAUUUUGGGUUAAUCCCACCUUUACGCACCCAAAUACUGGUAUCACAGCAGACGUCAACUGCAUACACUAUCAAACGUCAACGCAUAACUAGCUAUACUUCAUUGGUCAUGUCACAUUUGAACUGAAGCUGCAAGUUACAAUGAUUCACAUCCCUUAGGAUACACAAAUUGGUUAUUAUUGUUGAUAAUCCCUCGUGGUGGCAGUAUCGCCAUUGUCUCAAUUUCAUCGACCUGUUUGAUCAUUGUAGUAUAUAUUAUGGUCUCCCGAAUUCACGGGUGAGCCUACUGAAAAUUGACGUUUCCCGAGGUUACACGAGUACUACCAUGAUGGAAUCAUGAGGCCCGAGUAUUGAAUCGUCUACUUAAAGAGGGGAGAUAUAACUACGCUUGGUCCAAUACCCACGGUCAUUUCCAAUAUGAAUCCAGAGAAAUCGCAGGAUCUUGAAAACGAGGAGGAAGAGGAAGAAGAAAGUCCCGCAGGUGUAAAACAAUCUGGUGCCAAGGCUCAGGGUAGGAAGCGCACGAAAACGGGAUGCUUAACAUGUAGAAAACGACGGAUCAAGUGUGGUGAAGAAAAGCCAACAUGUCAAAACUGUUCCAAAUCCAAAAGGCACUGUGAGGGCUAUAUCCAGCGAGUUGUGUUCAAGGAUCCUUUGAGUGCAACUCGGGGACCAUUUGCCAAUUCUUCCCAGACAACCUUCUCAUCGGGAUCUGGUCGGCCGAACCAGCGUCGUGUUGAGGCCCCAAAACCUUCUACUCUUACGCAAGUACAAUUACCAAAUCUUGCACCAAAACCAGGUGACUCGGGCACAUACAAUAGCCCUCCAUCUAGACCCCCCAAUGAGAAAAAUCAAGGAUUCGAACAAGGCAUACACGUUUUUUCCGGUCGCGCGACUCAAGACUUAGUAGUCCAAAGGAACACUCCUCAAGAAACCCCGGAGGCAAAAUCAGCCCAACGAGAUACUGUGGAUCGUUCAUACCUACCAACUCCCGAACACAGAUCCCCUCCAGGUUCUGGGCCUACUCACUAUGAUUUCAAUGCUCUCUUUGAGCGACAAUCACCGCUUGGAAAUUUCCCCGUUAUGCAGUCCAGUCACUCUCCAUGGAUUGUGAACCAGAAUAAUACACCCCAUGCCUACCCUCAAAAACAUACACAAAAUACAAAUCCACAAUUUUCACUUCUCUCGCCACCUAUGGUGACCACUCAGAGUAAUCAAAGCUGGCACCAACCGGCCUUUUCUCACCCACCUAAUUUGAUUUCAAGUAUGUCACAUACCCCACUCACAAACCAAGCGACGCCGAAUAUAGAAACAGCAUAUACACCUCCCUUUGACAUGACACAGCAGGUCAGUCAUACAUCGGAUAGAACCUUUUCACAUCACAUGGUCUCAAGAGAUACAGCCGAUAAUACCAUCGACAAGAAGGACUAUGCCACGGUUGACCAGGGAGAUGAACGCACAUUUGACGAUGAUGAAAUGAGCCUGGAUAAUGAUCAAGGAGCUGAUGACUACGAAAAUGAUACUUUCAAUGCUCAGAACAUGGACUAUGGCAUUGGGCAAGUAAUUGCCCUCCAAGCUCGACAGAAUGCACAAGAUCAAAGUCUUCGCUCCUUUACCUCGCUGCUCGAUCGAUCUAAUAUGCUAUUGGCUUACCAUCCCUCACUACGGUCAUCUCCACUCAAUGACAGUAUGACGGCCAGAAUAUUUUGCCAUUUUAUCAAUGUGACUGGACCGAGUAUUUCAAUGUUUGAGCGGAAUCCGGCCAAUCCUUCUUUGAUAUUCCGGGGGACGCCUGUGCCAUCUUCUCAACAACAUAUCUGGACUUAUACGUUUCCUAUGCUUGCCUUGAAAAAUGAAGCGCUUCUCCACGCAAUACUCGCUUGCGCCAGCUUACACAUUGCGAAAUUGCAAAAUACCCACAUAACCGCAUCUUUAAAGCACUACGCGAUUGCUUUACGAAGGAUUGCAAAGAGCGUAUGCGUGCCCGGACGCCGAGAACAUCCUGCUACUUUGGCUGCAACCAUGUUGCUUGCGUUCUAUGAGUGCUGGUGUGCUGAUCAUCAAAAAUGGAGUAACCAUCUGCUUGGGGGAAGGACCCUUGUGAGAGACAUUGACUUCACUGGUAUGACUCGUCAUCUGAAGGACUUGCGGGCACAGCUGCGCCAAGAAGACCGUGCUCGCUAUCGUCAGGAACAGAUACAUAUGGGUAAAACAUUUAUUGAAGAAAAACGUAAAUUCGCAGCCUCAUUAGAAGAUGUGGACGAAAAUAUUGUUGGAGUAUUGAUGGGCCGAAAACUUCGUUAUGAUGACUUUGGACGCAUAAUUGAUGAAGUUUGGGAGAAUACCGAAAACAGAAUUUAUAGCCCUAAGGAUAUUGAAACUUAUGAAAUGCAACGCGAUCUUGUGUGGUGGUACUUCAAACAAGACGUUUACCAAAGUAUAUUAGGUGGAGGAAGGCUCUUCACUGAGUAUGACCGAUGGAGUCUUUGCCCUCCGCGUGCACCACUCGGUCGAUUAGACGCAGUUUACGGCACUUUUGAUCAUCUCAUUCUGUUGAUGGGACGACUUGCAGAUUUCGCUGCCAAAGACUUGAAGAGGAAAACGUUGGCCAUGAAAGCUGCCAACAACCCUAUGAGUAAUCAAAUGCCAAAUUUUGCAGGCAUGGUACCAAAUAUUAAGGAGCCAACUCUUCCUAUGGGAUUUUCACCAACGCAUACUUCAUCUCCUCAAAGCUCCGAGGGCGGAGAUGUGGAUCUUGAGGCUCAAAGGCUUGAGGCAGAGGAAGAGUGGCAGGAUAUCCGCAAUGCAUUCAGUGUACUUGAAGAUCAUUUUGGUGAAGACUUUCAACCUUUAGGCGACGAAUUCUCGACCCCAACUCAAACUCCUUUUGGCCCAGCUUUGCAAUACCGAACUUAUGGUAUUGCUGGCAUAUGGAUGAAUUAUUACAUGGGUCUUAUCGCUUGUCACCGAUCUCAUCCCUCUAUGCCGCCAGCAGCAAUGGUAGCCGCAGGUAUGGCGGCUCGUAAAACGGCGUUCUUUGCCAACGAGCUCGGUCGUAUCGCUGCUGGCGUUGCACCGGAUUUAAGCAUGACACCCCAAGUCAAUCCGGGAGUUGGGGCAGCACUUAUGGAAAGCACAAUCUGUCUUUUUUUGGCGGGCGUUCAAUUCCAAAAUCCGGACCAGCGGACGUGGGUGAUAUGCCGGCUUAACGAUGUGGCUCGUUUGACGGGUUGGGAAACAUCACUCGCUAUUGCUUCCGGCUGCGAAACAUCUUGGGUCAAGGCUGGAGAAAUGGGAAGAGGUCCACCGUACACAAGGACGAGAGACGAGCGAGUAAGUCUACAAGUGGUGAAUGUUACACGCAAUGGGGAAAGAGUUGCAAUGCAACAGCAGCAGGCAACUGAUCAGGGAUUCGUGAUUAGUACUCAUCAGAGAAUUCAUUAUGCGAUUGGUAUUUUGGGCGUCCAAGAUGAUCUGAAUAAUCUUGACUUGAAAUAA